UUCCGGUGAAUCCCACUACGUCGUCCGGAGAAACAUCCUGGUUUGUGAGAGGCGUGGCUGGCGGUGGGAGCAGAGAGUUUGGGGAGUUUGCCGAAACAUUCUUGUCUACUCCACUUACCUAAUCGGUGAGGGACGCCUACACCUGAAACCCGAUCUUGCCUCAGUCAACUCCGCCUCCUCUGGAUCCCGGAGAUCAGACCCCGCCCGCUCGAAAUCGCUCCUCCCCUCACCGAGAUCAAAAUGGCGCCCCGCGGGUCGCCAUUUUCCACCUCUCACUUUCUUCCUGGAGUCAAAUUGUUAUCGCGAGACUUCGGCCUCACUAUUAGUUGGGGCGCGCAGCCAGUCUUCCCUUUUUUGCAGCGCGGUGGUGGAGGGAAACAGCAUCACAUUUACUGAAUUUUAUUCGGUCAGAAAUCUGUUUAAAUCAAAGGACAAUCGACAACAAAUUGGAGAGGGGCUUGGAGAACACAUACCAGGAAUGGAUUCUCUCACCUGUGCAACGGCAUCAGACUCAGCUGUGGAAAUUGAGAAUCAAAGUGAUAACUCUUCCUCUGGUAGCAGCUUAUUUAAAACUCAGUGUGUUCCUAUCCCACCUAAAACGAGGCAAAGAAACCCUAUUAGAAAAUUUGUUCACACACCUGAAAGUACUCAAGCAAGAGAUUCAUCUAGUGACUCAUCUAUAGAGCCAAGACCAUUGACUUUAAAAGCUAUUUUUGAAAGAUUCAAAAAAAAGAAACGUAAAAAGAGGAAAUACAAGCCAACGGGAAGAUCAAGGGGAAGACCAAAAGGAAGGAGAAACAUUAGAAGCUCACAAAUAAAUAAGAAACAAUUUAAAGACAAAGGACCUGGCUUCCCAUUUUUAGAAUCAGAAAAUGGAAGAAAACCAUUACCUUGGAGAAAAAUUUUAACCUUUGAGCAAGCAGUGGCAAGAGGAUUUUUUAACUACCUUGAAAAACUGAAGUAUGAAUACCAUCUCAAGGAAUCCUUGAAACAGAUGAAUGUUGGUGAAGAUUUAGAAAAAGAAGACCUUGAUAGUCGUAGAUACAGAUACUUGGAUGAUGAUGGAUCUAUCUCUCCUAUUGAAGAGUCAGCAGCAGAGGAGGAGAUGGCAACAGAUCUUGAACAUGAUGAAUGUGAUAUUAAAUUGGUGGAGGAUAAUUAUUUCAUAAUAAGUUCUGAAUUACCAAAGAAGAAGAAUGUACAUUUGGAACAAGAGGAAUAUACUGAAGAAGCUGCAUUGCCUAAAAAGAGAGCAUCAAAAUCCAAAACACUGGACAGAGGACAGAAUGGCCUGAAAAUAGAUAGGAUUAUGACUACCAGACAAGGCUUUUAUCUUGAGCAGAGUGUCUGGAUAAUUUUAAAAGGUAUGUCUUAUACUUUAGGUGAGUUUGGGUCCAAUUUGUGUAAAUGUGAUAAAUUGUCAGACUUUAAAACCUCCAUAGGUUUCAUUAUUGAAAGGCAUUUUUGCCAAUUUUAAAUUUCUGUUCAUAAUGUAAUUUCAGAAAAUGAAUCUCAGGAUCGACAUUGUGCCAGUUUCACUUCGCUUGAAGGAAAGGGUCCCAGAACUAUAAACUAGGCAAUUACAGUCAGAAUCUUGGAUAUUCCUGCUUCAAGCAUACACAACAUUUUAAUCUCCCCGCACCCCUAUACAAUAUUUUUUAAAGUUUAUUGAAGUAUAGUUGAUGUACAAUAUUAGUUCCUGCUGUGCAACAGAGACUCAGUUAUACAUAUAUUUCUAUUAUGAUCUAUCACAGGAUAUUGAAUAUAGUUCCCUGUGCUAUGUACUAAGACCUUGUUUAUCUCUACUAUAUAUAUAAGUAGUUUGCAUCUGCUAGUCCCAGACUCCCAGUCCAUCCUUCCCCCACAUCUCUCUCUUUGGCAACCACAAGUCUGUUCUCUAUGUCUGAGGCUGCUUGUUUCGUAGAUGUGUUCAUUUGUGUGGUUUUAGAUUCCACAUAGAAGUGACAUCCUACGGUAUUUGUAUUUCUAUUUCUGACUGACUUUGCUUAGUAUGAUAAUCUCUAGGUCCAUCCAUGUUGCUGCAGAUGGCAUUAUUUCAUGGUUUUUCAUGGCUGAGUAAUCCAGUGUUUGUGUGUAUGUGUGCACGUACCACAUCUUUAUCCAUCUCUUGAUGGACAUUUAGGUUGCUUCCGUGUCCUGGCUACUGUAAACAGCGUUGCAAUGCAUGUAUCCUCUCAAACCAUGUUUUUCUUUGGAUAUAUGCCCAGGAGUGGGAUUGCUAGAUCGUAUGGUAGCUCCGUUUUCAGUCUGAGGAACCACCAUACUGUUUUCCAUACUGGCUGUACCAGUUUACAUUCCCACCAACCGGUGUAGCAGGGUGUUCCUUUUUCUCCAACACUCUCUCCAGCAUGUUAUUAUUUGUAGACUUUUUGAUGAUGGCCAUUCUUACUGGUGUGAGGUAGUACUUCAUUAUAUUUGCAUUUCUGAUAAUCAGCAAUGAUGAGCAUCUUUUUAUGUGCCUAUGUGUAUGCCUUUGGAGAAAUGUCUAUUUAGGUCUUAGGCCAAUUUUUUGAUUGGGUGGUUUUUUUGUUAUUGAAUUGUACUAUCCAGUAGUUUUAUUUUUAUUUAUUUAAAUUUUCUGGCCAUGGCGCUACUCUCUAUACUUCAUUACAUCUGGACUGAACGUGUUUACUAAACACGUCGUAUGUUUCCAAGUUCUUCCUUCCCUCCAAAUUUUGGUUUACCAAAAUUGAUGUUCUGCUAUUAAUUCACCCUCACACGAUGUGAAGAAUUCCCAAAUAACUUUUUUCUUGAAAACCUCAUGGCCUAGAUGAGAUGAAAUGUUCCUCCUAAAGAUUAUUUUAUUUAAUGUUAUGCAUGUUAUAUGCUGAAUAAUUUAAUAGAUUAUAAUUUUGAUUUAAUCUGACCUUUG